CAAAAGCUGAAGAAACUGUUAGAAAAAUUAUGGAUGUAGUAACAAAAUCGAAAGACGGUGCAAAAUACAAUCCGAAUUUAGAGAAAGCAGGAAGUUUUCCCACGAAGACCAAAAUAUCACACGCUGAUUAGUUUGAUACUAUCGUAGCAUGCAAAACUAUUCCUAUGGAUGUGAAAACGCGCGGUUAUGUUUCUUUCAAAUACCAGCAGGUAGAUAAAAAGGCAGGUAAUGCCAAUAAUAUGAACAUUGCAAGACAAAUUGAAGCGGGACACGACUGCCUUGAAAUUCCAAUGGGAUAUGCAGCUGUAUAUGUUGUGGAGAAUAAAGUUUACGCAGAUCAGACCUACAAAGGAAAUCUUCUUGCAAGAGAAAUUAAAAGAGAUUUGUAUGAAAAAGUUAAAAAGGCAAUAGAAAAUUUAGAUUGGAAAAAUGUUGUCAUCAAUAAAAAUGCACACGGCCCCGCCAUAACAUUAACUAUCCGAAGACCUGGUUUCCAUGAUAUAAGUAUUGACAACACAGCGUCUCUCCCAUGUAAUAUACCAGUAACAGUUUACGGUUGGCCACGACCUCAAACUCGUGAUGCUUUUCCAGCGGAUACCAUUGAGGAUGCAAUCAAAACUGGGCUACAUAUUGUCCCAAAAGGAGAUGAGUUGUGGGCUUUUUCGUUUUCCAAUGUUGAGAAAUAUUUACUUAAUAAAAUGGACGGGCAAAAUGGAUGCCGACGAAAAGUGAACAAAUUCUUGAAAAAAUAUGCACAAAUAUGCAGUUCCAGGUCUGAAAACGGACUUCCUGGGGUUUCUUCGUACAUAUUUAAGCACGCGAUAUUAUGGGCGUCAGAGAAACAUCCAGAUCCGGAAUAUUGGCACGAUGCCAACAUUGCCAAUUGCCUUUUUGAUAGCAUCGAUGACGUAAUCAGAACCCUAGAUAGCGGAAAGCUUCCAAAUUAUUUUAAUACCUCCGAAAAUAUCCUGAAAGGUAAGGAUCCCGAAACACUUCGAACAUUGAGCAAUUAUCUGAAGGAAGAGAGGGAAAAGUUGUUACAUAUAUAAUGACAAGAUUUAGAAGUUUUUAUUGGUGAUAAUUUAAAUGUUCAAAAAUGUUACAUUUAAUAUUUACAUACACUUGUAUCUUUAUGUUAUUUAAACCAUUAAUGCCAAAUGAACUGAGGAAAGCAUUUCUUCCACUACACGAACAAUUUCAAAAUACAUAUGUUUAUGUCUCGUAUAGGUGGCUUGACAUUUAAAACACAGUAAAAACUCUGAAAAAAGAACAACAAUUAAAUACACAGAAAGUUGACACUUAAAUUAUUUCUGACCAGUUAUUAGAGGAUUUUCAUGCAUGUUUAGCAUAAGUAACCAUGGAAGAUCGUCCGGUUUUCGGAAUUCUGAGGUUCCGGUAUUUAGAGGAUUUUGUCAAUGAACUUAUAAGGAGAAAAUAUAGGACUUUUAAAAUCGUUUUCAGGGGAUUCCGAUUUUCAGAGGGUCCGGUUUUCAGAGUUUAUACUAUAUUUCGCUGACAGAGAUGAUACUUUCAUAAGGAGAAAUUGCAACAUAAUGUCACAUAACAUAUUUAUGACGUUGCGUUACCAGGUUGUCUUAUAAUUUGUUCUGUAUGAUAUCAUGUGGUGUUUUCCAUGUUUGCUCAGAAGUGGUGUAUUGAAUACCAGUAUUUUUGAGAAAAUUGGAAUUGAAAUGAUAUUUCUUAAUAUGGAUGUCAUGAAAACAGGAGUAGACCAGGAUUCAAAAGACACCAGUUCAUGGAUGUACUUUGUUACUUGAUCAAUCGCUACAAUGUUUGGUUUUAGGGCAGCGACCACUUUACUUUUUUUCUAUGUUAUUUGAUAAUGCUGGCAGCUAGAUCAGACUCAUAUUGAACUGUUUCUUAGAUUCCCAUCAGUACUGUUACUAUAAACUAAGCCGGUAAUUGUACUAAUAAGAUGACCAAACCUUAUCAAUUACUUGAGUUAUCAUGACCAUUCAUUCAUUGCUGUGUGGAAGUUCAUCAAGUGUUAGGAUUUUAUAUGUAUUUCACCAGUGAUACCCGAGAUAACUUAACUAGACCUAGAAUCUUACAAAUCCUGCCGGAAAAAUCCCCUACAGAUUUGCUAGAUUUGUUUCAGUGAAUGCUGAUCUCAUUCAAGUGUCAAAGCGCCAUGAUCUAUGCAUGGUUAGUUUCAACUUAUGUAUGAGAAUAUGCAGCUUUGUUUAUAAACCCACGCCACAUAUACAUACCUACAAACUUAACUAUGUGGGAUUCGAGAGGAUAAAAUUCACAAUGUAAGGCUCUAUCCGUAUAUCAAGCAAACCUGACUUACAGAGUUACGUUUAAGGAACAAUCGGCGAUGACAUAAACACAAGAGCUGUAUAACUGCAUUACAAAUUCAUAUUGUAUCCUAAAUCUUCGAACCAUCUUCAUCUUAAAAGUUAAAAUCAAAUUUACCCUUAGCAGUUGCCUUCAUCGUAUUUAGUUUGUUUGUUUGUUCGUCGCACCGAAACAUAAAAGGUCAUAUGGCGUGUUACCAGUUUUCCAGGUAGAGGAAGACCUCAGGUGCACUUACGUGCAUUAAUUCUGCCACGAACCGGCACCUAAAUAGAACCACCGACGUUCUGUAAACUAGUUGGAUAGCUCCUCACAUGAAAGAUUCUAAAGUUCCUUUCGGGACCCACAGUGGUAAGGGGCUAGUGGUUUGAAGUCAACGACCGUAACUACUCGGCCACGGACGUCCAGAUAAAACACUCAAAGUGCCACUUGCACUUAAAAGGCCCCUAGCAUUCACAUUUUCUCAAAUCAGUCCUGUAUAAUAUGAUUAAAACCUAAUUUUUUCUUGGUACUCUUUCUAUGUUAACAGUUUCUGAUAUUCAAUAUCCUAACUGACCAUUGGACGAAAAAAAUAUUACCGCUUUUAUUACCUGAAUUUACGUAGUAGUAAACACAAUAACAAAUUUUACUUCUGUCGAGUAUCUUUUUUUUAAAGAAACUUAUUGUUUGUUAGAAUAAAUCUAUACUGUGAGAAAUUAACUGUGGCGGCAAAACUAGCAUAAAUUGGUUUUAACGGUUGUGGUUUACUAACAGAGCUGCAUUAGUACUAAGGGUGUAGUACUUAAGUACCAGUACCAGUACUUGGCAAAUUAUACAGUACCAUUACCAGUACCAGUUCUAGAUUUAAGCUUGGUACUGCAGUACCAGUACUUUUUUUGGUGAAGUAAUUAAGUAUCAGUACCAUUACUUUUAUAUAUUCAUCAAAGUUUGAAUAAAUACAGUGUCAAACAAAUGAUUGCAAAUAUUAUUCAGCAAAGAAAUAAAAUCAUAAUUUACUUUAAAGUUAACAUAACAUAUUUACAACUUUAUAGUUUUAACAUACUUUUUACAAACAAUAUUUACAACAUAUAUUCAUGUCAUAUCUAAUUGUUUAGUAACCAGUCAACUGUAUAAAUACAAUGCAAACAUCUUUCAUUUAAAACACAACAGUCUUUUGUUGCCUUUCACACCUUCACACCUCUGUUCAAUUUAUACCAAAGUAAAUAACAACUUUUUAUGGUGCUAACAAUAUCACUUUUUUCACUUGAAAUGGGAUUAUUUAGAAUAGAAGAAAUUAAUUAGUGUUUAUUUUGCUACUUUACUAGUAAAUACAAAGUAAUAAAAGAUUUUAAUAAGGAUAUUUUAGGGUAAAGAGUUAUUGAGUCUGUUUAUCUUAAUUUAAUUUUUACUGAAAGUCUUUGGUGCUUUUUAUGAUGAAUACUAUGUUAACAUUUGAAGGAACAUUGCAGCAAAUUAUCUUUAGAUUUGAUAAUAUAGUUAAUGUAAUUAACAGCUUUAUUUUAUGAGAAAAACAUGCUUAUUGUUUAUAGAUUCAUCUUACAUUUGUUGUAUAAACUUUAUCAAUGUUAAAAAGCUCAUGCAUUACCGAUCCCUGCUGGUAUUACGUUAUUUUUCUAUAACAUAAAUUAACAACAACAAAAAAAAAUCAACUACAAAAACAAUAUUUGUAAUGUCUUCUUUUUGUGUUCAUUUGUACUCCAUUAUUGUUUGUGUCACAAUCCUAGA